GUUCGGCAUUUCUGUCCUAAUGUACCUAUCAUUCUUGUUGGUAAUAAGAAAGAUUUGCGGAACGACCCUCAAACCGUACGAGAAUUGGCUAAAAUGAAACAGGAACCCGUUAGACCUGAACAAGGGCGUGCGAUAGCCGAGCAGAUUGGAGCUUUUGCAUAUCUAGAGUGCUCAGCGAAAACUAAGGAUGGAAUCCGCGAAGUUUUCGAAAAGGCAACGCAGGCAGCACUUCAGCAGAAAAAGAAGAAGAAGAGCAAGUGUAUCCUACUGUAG